UAUUUCCACUUUACAGACUACAUUCCUCGUUUCAAUAUCGUUCCACUCCCAUUUUGCCUGUAUUCCUAAUAUGGUAUGCUGGUAUAUAAACAAGUGCGUUACCAUCAAUCUCUCAUAUGCUGUAUGCUAUCUUUUCCGAGUAGAUAGCUUGUAUUUGGAAAAAGGUGGGAGCUAGAGAAAUGGUUUUCUGGUUUCCGCUAGAUGUUGCCUUGUGCAUUUUCGCGGCUGCAGUUGCUUUUAUUGGCUAUGUGUACUUUACAGCACCAAAACAAAUCUAUCGUAAAUACAAGAUUGUUUCAAAAAAAUUCCAAAAUUCCGGCCUAUCAAGGGCUUUGGGGAUAACAGAAGAGUUUCACGCUAUCCAAGACAGGUUCUUUUCUCUGGAUGAAGUGUCGAAAGCUAUCAAAAUAGCGGGACUCGAGUCGAGUAAUAUGAUAGUGGGUGUCGAUUUCACCGCUAGCAACGAAUGGCAAGGGCGAAAAAGCUUCAACGGAAAAUGUUUACAUCACAUCUACAGAAACAACUCCAAAAAGCUCAACCCUUACCAGAAAGUCAUCCAAAGUAUAGGACAAACUUUAGAACCUUUCGAUGAAGAUAAUUUGAUCCCGGUUUUUGGGUUUGGCGAUGUGAGAACCAAAGACCAAAGUGUGUUUUGUUUCAAUGAAGAUGAAUCUCUUUGCAAGGGAUUCAAAAACGUAUUAAAGGCAUACAAUAACAUUGUACGACGAAUUUCUUUAAGUGGGCCUACGAGCUUUGCUCCUAUCAUCGAGAAAGCCAUAGAAAUUGUAAAGCGAGAAAAGAGCUAUUACAUCUUGGUGAUCAUUGCAGAUGGGCAAGUUGUUGAUGACCAAGAUCUCCGGACAAGGCAAGCGAUAGUUGACGCGUCCAAUUUUGCACUAUCAAUUAUUUUAGUUGGUGUCGGUGAUGGCCCAUGGGAUAGAAUGCAUGAAUAUGAUGAGCUUUUACCCCAAAGACGCUUCGAUAAUUUUCAGUUUAUUGAGUAUGAUGAAGUGACUGAACAUGCAAAAUUUCCUGAUGCUGCAUUUGCUUUACAUGCAUUAAUGGAAAUUCCAGACCAGUAUAAAAGCAUUAAACGGCUCGGGCUUCUCUCUAAAUAAAGUACUAUCCGCAAUAACUUAGUGAUUCGAUUCUGUCAAGAAUAAGAAGCUUCAGGAAAGCGAAAAACUUCGGCUCAUUAUUUAUUUACAUUUUAUCAUGUUUUCCGUCGUAGUCAUAUCUCGUAGAGAAUUAUGUUCUAUUCACAGUGUAUGGGAAACAAUUAGUACUUUUAAUACUUUUUCGAGUUUAAAUAAAAUAAAUGUUUUAAUUGUUACAAA